AAGGCGAAGGUCUUUAAAAUGUCUGCUCGACAUCAAGAGGAAUUAUGGAGACGGAGAAUUUUUUAUUUCAUGGAACGUCCCGACACAACACUGGCAAUGCUAUUUAACUUAUUAAACUUGGCGUUAAUCAUUGGGAGCGUUAUCAUAAGUGUGCUGUCAACAAUCCAGGAAUACGAAGACAAUAAAAUGUUGCUUAAAUUAACCCUGUAUUACGAACUAGCUUUGCUUGCAUGGUUUUCAAUGGAAUAUAUGCUUAGAGUAUGGGCAUGCAGCUUUUUGUUGAAACACAAAGGUUUCGUUGGACAUAUUCGUUUCAUGAUGUCUUUUCACAUGGCUAUUGACGCUUUUGUGAUUAUCUCGACCUUAGUUUCAGCAAUUUUGCAGAUAAAAACAACGUAUUUUUCAAUUCUCCGAAUUACUCGGUUUAUACAAAUAUUUCGUAUUUUGAGAUUGGAUAGGCCUAGAGGUCAUUUAAGAACUAUGGGGCAGUUGGUGUAUAAACACAGAAGGGAGCUUGUCACGUGUUAUUUUGUUGGUCUUAUCAUUUUAUUUGGUGGAGCAUAUGCAGUUUAUAUGCUGGAAAAAAUGACCGACGAAGAGGUCACCAUCAACAAUAUGGGGAAUGGAUUAUACUGGGCCAUUGUAACCGUGGCAUCUGUUGGUUAUGGAGAUAUAGCCCCUCAAUCAUGGCAAGGGAAGUUGACAGCAAGCAUAUUUGUGUUAGUAGGCUGCGCGUUUUUUGCGUUACCUUCAGGUAUACUUGGCUCUGGAUUAGCGCUGCAGGCUGCAAAGCAAAAGAAAGAACGCAGGAAUAUGAAAAUACGUAAUCCCGCAGCCAUUGUUAUUCAAAGGUGUUGGAGAAAUCACUCACUGAAACGCAACAACUGCCACCUGCAAGCUUCAUGGUAUUACUUCUCACAUCAGUUAAAGAAACCAGACUUUUACAAGAUACUCCCUGGUAUCAUAUUAAAGUCUGAUUUUUUGUCACCAGUCUAUUUGUCUGCUGAAAAAGACGAAAUCAAAUCGAAAAGAAAAGAUCGAAAAAAUGGGUUUGACUUACCCUUAACCUACUACAAAAAAAUUGUAGAAGAAGGAGAAAAGAAACAUCAUCAAACAGAAGAUUAUCCUAAAGCAACUCAUAAAAGCAGCCUUUUGCAUCUCAUUAGUCCAAAGUAUAAAGGUGCAAUUCGAUUCAUAACACGUGUUAAAUUUUGGAAUGCCAUAAAAGUUUUUAAAAACAUUCGCUACCCAUUUGUCACUGUCCAAGACAUUAUGGAAAAAAGUGCAUGUUCCCAUCUGGAAACUAUGUCUCAUUUGAAUCGAAUACACGAUUGCUUGGCUGACUUCCAUGCUGAAAUUGAAGAAAUCAGAAAUGUACUAACAGAUUUGCAAGUCCAAAGUGGAAAUGGUCCAAAUUGGCAACGAUAAUAUGGAAACCUUUUAGCACAGAAUAGGUUGUAGAUACAGAUGUAUAGAAUGCGAGUCAAGAGGACCCGGUGCUAAGAUGUUUUAGAUUGUGUGUCUGUGUGCCUCACGGUAACACAAAUAUGCCGGCUUAAAAGCCAAUAACAGAUUUUCUAACCUUAUUUUCUAUUGAUAAUUUGCAUGUUAUAAACUUUAAGAUUAAUAACCAUAGUUUCUCUACUAAACGGUCGAGGCGCUUAUUAAAUAUUUUCGAAACUUACGGAGGGGUUGGGGGACAUCUAAAAGAAGUGGGUUAUUUACUUAAAUAGCUGUGUGCGUUAAUUCUGAAGCUCUAAUAACCGCUCGAUCGCUUAUAUGAUGACACGAAGAACAUUUUUUACUAGUCGUCUGGGCGUUUGUCCACCCGAUUAAAGAGAAUGGAUGGAAUCUUUUUUUUUAAUCUUUUUGUCAAACUUUUGUUGUCUACCUUUGUAUUUUGGUAAUAUGACUUGUAAAGUAGAAAUAUAGUAUGCGGUGUUGGAGAAGCGUGUAUAUAUACAACUGGAUGCAGGUCAGAAUCUAGUUUGCGUUUUUGACAAUGCUAAAAAAAUGCGCGGUAACAUAGGGUUUUUGUCUAUCAACUAUGGCGGUAAAGGGUUUGGCGGUGUCGGUCCCGAAAAAAGUGAAAGUGUUUGUCGGCGGCGGUAAAACUUGCAUGAGGAAGAUUCGAAAUGGUAUCCGAAGUUACAGAACCUAGUAGUUUCUGGCUGGUUCUGAUAAUGUCUGCUUCCACGAAGGAUCACAAAGGUGGUUGUUGAGUGUUGAAAGCUUCCAUUUGAGUUCUCAGAAAUAUCUGCUGCAUCUCUAUACCUAGCUAGCGUAUAGAGGUACAAUAUACCUUUACGAUAAUGCAGGAAAACUUACACUCUCCAUCGCAGCUUAUUUUGCGAUCAGAGAAGGUAAAUAUCACAUUUUUUAGGAGUUUAUUAAGGAGAAAACAUGUUCUUUCGUGAUAACUUUUCUUGGCGAGUUUUGUUUUUAUUUAAAAGUACACAUAAGUUGUAUCUAAUUGUAACGUUUCCUGAAAAUUUAAAACAGUCAGGGAAAUCCUCUUAACCUGUACAUCAGCUUAAUUAGGAUGUAUGAUACAGUCUAAUUAGGCGUUUUACAGCUUAGUUAAGAUGUACAAAACUUUGAUCGUCUAAAACACACAUUUAACUAAACUAAGCAUCUAUCUAACUGAAUAAAUCCAAUAUUUACGUGCAUAUAGAUGACUUGCUCAAGCUUUGUUUACAAUUUUUUUUCAGCAGGCAAAUAGUUUUUUAACCAAUCAGACCUUCUAACAAUAAUUAUUAGCCAAUUGAAUUGCUUUAUUUUGCCUGCCAAGAAAAUAAAAACAAAGAAUUUAUCAAGAUAGCAAGCUAUCUAGCUAUAAACAUCUCCAAUAUUAUUAUUUUUUCGUAGCACCCCAGAGAUCCACUAAAUUUGAAGUUUUAAAAAUAUUCGCUUAAAUAGGAUGUAUCACGUGAUGUGACAUCCAAACUAGGAUGCAGUACAGCUUAAAUAGACUAUCCCUAACAAUGAACCAUUGUUUAUAGUCCAUAUUUUUUGAACCCGGGGUGCUGGAAAUACUGUUCCUCUUUUAUAAUAUAGUGGUCAAACUGACGAUGAAAGAGCUGCAGCGGUGAUUCUGCUAAAAUUUACAUUUUUCAAGAAAUCGAGGAAAAACUUUUUUUACCUCCUAAUUUAGAUGUUUGUCACCUAAUUAAACUGUAUGAUACAGCUUAUUUAGGAGAUCUCCAAAUUAGGCUAUAGAGCUUAAUUAAGAGGAUUUCCUUGACUGUAAAAGAAAUUGAUACGAAGGAAGUUAAAAAACUGGAGAAAACACGCUUUCGCUCUAACAAUUCUCAUUACUUUUUCUAUUUGACUAUAUGGUACUGAAUUUUCAUUUAUACUAAUUAUAAUCAAUAAUGCUUUUUCAUUUUAAUCUUUGUAAACUUACAGUAUUUACUGACAUAUGAAAAUAUUUCACAUUUUUCUUGGUGGCUUUCUCCUUUGUUUAGCCUUGGCUAUCGGGAAAGUCUCCUUCCUAAUUGCUAAUUUAUUCUUUUAGUAAUGUAAAUUGUCAUUUCUUAGGUAAAUAAAUGUUUACUUACUUACUUACUUAACAAACUUUUAUAAAAACAUGUUUUUUACCUCCUUUCUCCCGAUAUUGUAAAACGAUGGAGAGCCAUAGGAAUGCCAUUACAAUUGAAUUAUCAUAAAGCAGGUGUAUUUUGCCAUUUGGUCAGCCCUUGAAAUUAGAAUUUUUUUACGUCGUUUUAUGUUUUAUUGCCGACGUGGGAUACAUUUCAACUGAUUUGCGUUGGCAUUUUUUUUUUAAUGAAAUUUCUUAGCUGGCAAUAACUUUCGUCAUUCACGUUUUAUUAGAGGUAGACCUCUCAUAAUUUUAAUGCAUUGAUCUCCUAAGACAGUGAAAAACGGGAAUUGGCAUAACUUCCGGAUGGUGAACUAACUGGCUUUUUAUGUUUCGAGAUAAAUUCAUUAGGUUAGAGCAUCAUUAGGUUGUAUAUCACAGAAGUCGCCGGUGACAUGCUUAAAAAAUGCUUGUCACCAGCACAGUUUAACAUGAAGCAAAACUGUACAGGAGACUUAAUUGUU